GCGGUGUAUUAUGUAUAAUCCAUGUGUAAUGCUCAGGGCAUAACCAGUGAUUUCAACCCAUGAAUUGAACUCAACCUCUUCACACCACAACCACCGAGGGAAAAAAGAAGAAUGGUCGCUCAAAACUACAAGGUUGCAGAUAUUUCCCUUGCCGCUUUCGGCCGCAAGGAGAUUGAGAUUUCCGAGAAUGAAAUGCCCGGUUUGAUGGCUAUUCGUGAAAAAUACGCUCCUUCUCAACCUCUUAAGGGUGCCCGUAUCGCUGGUUGCCUUCAUAUGACCAUUCAAACUGCUAUUCUUAUCGAAACCUUGGUUGCUCUCGGUGCUGAGGUUACUUGGUCCUCUUGCAACAUUUACUCUACUCAGGACCACGCUGCUGCCGCCAUUGCUGCCUCUGGUGUCCCCGUUUUCGCCUGGAAGGGCGAGACCGAGGAGGAGUACAUCUGGUGUAUUGAGCAACAAUUGAAGUCUUUCCCCAGCGGUAAGCCUUUGAACAUGAUUUUGGAUGACGGCGGUGAUCUUACUGCUCUUGUUCAUGAGCGUCACCCUGAUCUUUUGAAGGACAUCAAGGGUAUCUCUGAGGAGACCACCACUGGUGUUCACAACUUGUACAAGAUGUUCAGAGACAACCGUCUUAAGGUUCCUGCCAUCAACGUCAACGACUCUGUCACCAAGUCUAAGUUCGACAACCUUUUCGGUUGCAAGGAGUCCUUGGUCGACGGUAUCAAGCGUGCUACUGACGUUAUGAUCGCUGGUAAGGUCGCUGUCGUCGCCGGUUUCGGUGAUGUUGGUAAGGGUUGCAGUACCGCUCUCCGUGGCCAAGGUGCCCGUGUCAUUGUUACUGAGAUUGACCCCAUCAACGCUCUUCAAGCUUCCAUGGAUGGCUUCGAGGUUACUACCAUGGAGGAGGCCGUCAAGGAGGGUCAAAUCUUCGUUACCACCACUGGUUGUCGCGACAUUAUCCGUGCUGAGCACUUCGUGGAGAUGCGUGAGGAUGCCAUUGUUUGUAACAUCGGUCACUUCGAUGUUGAGAUUGACGUUGCCUGGUUGAAGGCUAACGCCAAGGACUGUGUUAACAUCAAGCCCCAAGUCGACCGUUAUGAGCUCAGCAACGGCCGUCACAUCAUUCUUUUGGCCGAUGGUCGUUUGGUCAACCUUGGUUGUGCCACUGGUCACCCCUCUUUCGUUAUGUCUUGCUCUUUCUCUAACCAAGUUCUUGCUCAAAUUGCUCUUUGGACUGACAACAAGAGCUACCCUCUCGGUGUCCACAUGCUUCCCAAGAAGUUGGACGAGGAGGUUGCUCGUCUUCACCUUGGAAAACUCGGUGUCAAGUUGACCACCCUUUCCCCUGCUCAAUCCGAGUACCUUAGCGUCCCCGUUGAGGGUCCUUACAAGGCUGACUUCUACCGUUACUAAGCCUGUAACCUAUACUGUGUGUGUUUCAACAACACACUCAACAUGUUCAAAUCAUUUUCUCCGCUCCUGAAAACUUGUGCCAGUGUACUUUAUGUAGGGUCUUUUAAUGAUUAGUCGUCUACACCAUUUAUGUAAUAUAAGAUGCACAUUUAGUGUAAGCUAGGAGGGUUUUCCGUUCAUGUUUGUUGUUUGAGAGGGGGCUUGGAAUGCAGCAAAAUGGACAGUAUACAACUGUUUUGAGUUUUGUGAAAAAUGUAUUAAACGAACAAAAAAAAAUAAGGUCGUGAAAAGCACAUGAGAAACCUCUUCCAUUAAAU